UUUUUUUUUAUAAAUCAUGUAAGACCAUUAACUCUGUUAAAUUAUUCUCUUCUUAAAGAUGGAGUUUAUUAAAGAGAAAGAGAGUGAAGACAUAAAGAUGGUGUUUAUUAAAUAUGAGUCUGAAGAAAUAAAGAUUGAAGAAACAUUCAGUGUGAAACAUGAAGAUACUGAGGAACAAACAGACCUGAUGGCACUGAGAGAGGCGAGUCUUGAACUUAAUGAAAAAGAAGAGAAAAAACAUUAUAAUUUGAUGACUAAAGAAAGAUCAAAACAGGUUUCCUCACAAAAAGGAGCUCAAAAGAUAGAAACUAAAAGUUAUUUAACCUGCCAACAGUGUGGAAAGACUUUUAAUCAACAUAGAAACCUUAAAGUCCACUUGAGAAUUCACACCGGAGAGAAGGCUUACACCUGUCAACAGUGUGGAAAGAGUUUCACACGUAAAGACAUGCUUAAAGUUCACAUGAGAAUUCACACUGGAGAAAAGCCUUUCACCUGCCAACAGUGUGGAAAGAGUUUCAGUCAAAAAGGAAGUCUUACAGCCCACAUGAGAGUUCACACUGGAGAGAAGGCUUACACCUGCCAACAAUGUGGAAAGAGUUUCACACAAAAAGGAAACCUUAAAGGCCACAUGAGAAUUCACAUUAAAGAGAACCCAUUUACCUGCCAACAGUGUGGAAAGAGUUUCAAUCGAAAAGCAAGCCUUAAAGUCCACAUGAGAAUUCACACUGGAGAAAAGCCUUACACCUGCCAACAGUGUGGAAAUAGUUUCCGUGACAAAGGAAACCUUACAGCCCACAUGAGAACUCACACUGGAGAAAAGCAUCAUACAUGUCGAGAGUGUGGAAAGAGUUUCAGUCGAAAAGAAGGCCUUAUAGUCCACAUGAAUAAUCACACUAGAGAGAGCCCAUUCACCUGUCAACAGUGUGGAAAGAGUUUCAGUCAAAAAGGACACCUUAAAGUCCACAUGAGAACUCACACUGGAGAAAAGCCUUACACCUGCCAACAGUGUGGAAAGAGUUUUAAUGAGACAGGAAACCUUAAAGCCCAUAUGAUAAUUCACACUGGAGAAAAGCCUCAUACCUGUCAAGAGUGUGGAAAGAGUUUCAGUUGGAAAAAAAGCCUUACAGCCCACAUGAGCGCUCACACUGGAGAAAAGACUUAAAGUCCCCCUGUGGUCAAAUAUGUUAUCCCUUAAAACUCAUCUUUGAUCACCAAAAUGACAUAUUUUAAAAAAAAAUUCAAGUGGAAAAAAAAAUUCUUUGCGCCUUAAAAUAGCUUGUAAAUCCUUGUCUCAUUUAAUAUGCACGGAUCUAUGGAUAUGCAAAUUAGGCCCGCCUCCACUAGCUCAGCCGUUUUCCUCUGUGGACAUGCUAAUGGAUGUUUGACAGUUUCGUUGCUUUUAGUUUUCAGAUUUAAAAAAGAUGAAAACCUGCAGGCACCCGUGUCUUCUCCAUACAUGAAACAAAUGCACAUCCUUGAAUGAGCGUGAACUUCCAUCGUAUUUACUUGAACUUAUCAGGUAGGCUAAAAUUUAUAAUGGACUGACUAGCUCUCUGAACUUGACGUGCGAGGACACACUGACUGAAUAUGCACAUGAAUCACGGUCACACGCUCAGAGCAAUAUUGUUUUAGCUAUGUUUAUAGUAUUAAAAUAUUUUGAAGGACAAAAACAUGAACUUUAUUGGCUUUACUUCAAGUCAGCUGUCACUUUACUUUGGCUCGAGCCGCUAUGCACUCGCACACUUGGCACAGCCCUUGCGAUGGUUCUGUCAUUAAUUAAUAUAAAUUAAUAUAAUUAGCCUUUUGCUUGACUACAUUAUCAAACAGCUAAUAAUGUGUUGCUAAUGUUACACACCGUUCCUGUUCUUCAUCUCAGAGUCAGACAGCUGCCUUCUAACAAUCAGUAUCCUUACAAACGCUUUCAACAACUCAGAACGUCAGUGGAGAAAGGCUUAUAGUUCAUCAUAACAUCGUAAUAGACUCGCUAUAUUGAUAAAUCUACACAAUUUUUCAUAUCAACAGAAAAUAUACCAGGAUAACCUGGCUUCUCUCGAGACUUUCCUGUUUCAGAGCAGUCAUAGUUAAUGAUAUGCUAAAGCCUGCCGGCACGUUGUUCUGAUUGGUUACGAGGUAGUCUGUGACGUCACAAACACCACCGAUUUCAAACCGCAGGUUUUUGGUUUACUGCAGUUUUAAACAUAAAAUACUCAGCAAUGGUGCUGACUUAUGAAUUUGCACAUGAUUUGUCUUAGAGCAUAUUAAAAACACUACAUAGACAUAUAAACAACAUUAAAAACUUGAUUUUCACCACAGGGGGUCUUUAACAACUGCUGCUGAUAUCAGAGCAAUUCACAAUUAAACACAAUAAAAUACUAACUCUGUUACACAAGUAUCGAAGAACUCUUACAUUAAGAAAAAAGAUAAGUAGAAAGAAUUGUCUUGAUUUCUAAAGAAAUAAAUCAAAACUAAGUGAGUUUUGGUCAAUCAAGCUCAUUUAUCUGCCAAUGGGGAAAAAUAAGAAAAAUAAUCUUCAUUCAAACCGAAAACAAGAUUAUUUUUACACCGCUGGUAUAUUUGAGAUUGUCCUUUAUUUAGAAAGCUCCCUUGUGUAAUCUGAAGCAGUUUGUUGUGUACAGCUUUGAAUUUUCACAACGGUACUCUUUGUUUACAUUAAUAAACUUGCAUAUUGGCUAUUUAUUAUUAGUACUUAUAAAGCACAACCAUAUUCUACAUCCCUUAAUCCUGAUACCUAAACAUAAACUCUACAGCAACUACCUUACUAACUUACAGUGACCAGGAGGGGACAUGUUCGGUUCACUUAGUUUUGUCAUGGCCACAUGAUGUAAAGUCGUGGCCUCGAGAUCAUGAGGGAAAGAUAUAUAUUGCAUUGUAAUUAUAUUGUAUUGUGCGCGAUGUUGCCACAGCGUUCAAAUGAAGUUUAUCAAUAAAUGUUUGCAUUGUACAUUUUUAAUCCAAGUCUUUUAAAUCCAUUCACUGAUUGUUUAUUUUUUUUAUUGUAAUAUUUUUAUAUUAUUAGUUAUUUAGCUAUUCAUUGUAAAUAUCAUUUCUCAUAUCUCUUUAUCUAAUUAGGCUACAUGGCAAAUUUUCUAGAGGAAAAAAAUACUAUAAUAAUACUGAAGGUUAAAUUAACUUAUUUAUAUACAAACACUUAAAUUACAUAUAUGCAGCGCGAGAUAUUUGAAAUGCUGUGGGUGGGAAGUGCGCGUGGUGCGGGAGAAAACGCCCGAGGUUCUGGGGAUUCCUGCAUUAUAAUAUUGAGUUAAGUUUUUGAAUUAAUAUUUGUCUUCUUUUAUUUGUCUUUGACAUCUUAGCUCUGAUUUGAUGUAUAUGUUUGCCCAAAAUGAUGAUCCAAAUCUGUAAGUAAAGACUUUGUGAGCUAACGUUA